CCCCUCUCCAGCGUCACCGGAAGUGACGCAAGGGAAGUAGUAAAAUCAAUUAGCCGCGAGUUAGUCCGGCGCAGUAGCCUUGCUGGUUGCUGGGAUGGCAGAUGAGGAAGAAGAUCCUACCUUUGAGGAGGAAAGUGAAGAAAUUGGAGGAGGUGCUGAAGGUGGACAGGGUAAAAGAAAGAGACUUUUCUCUAAAGAAUUACGAUGCAUGAUGUAUGGAUUCGGAGAUGACCAGAAUCCUUAUACUGAGUCAGUGGAUAUCCUCGAAGACCUUGUCAUAGAGUUCAUCACUGAAAUGACUCACAAGGCAAUGUCCAUCGGAAGACAAGGUCGGGUACAAGUUGAAGAUAUCGUCUUCUUGAUUCGAAAGGACCCAAGGAAGUUUGCUAGGGUUAAAGACUUGCUUACUAUGAAUGAAGAAUUAAAACGAGCUAGAAAGGCAUUUGAUGAAGCAAACUAUGGAUCUUGACACUUUUUGUACUUUCUGAAAUUUCCUUAUCUUCUAUGGAAACCAUAUAUAACUUUAUUUUCUAUAGUAAUGUCCUGAUAUUUACAUGAGAGGAAAUGCAUGUACAUGAGAGGAAGAAACAAAAUGUUCAGCCUUUAUUUUCAGGUAUUUGGUUUUUAGAGCAUUCGAUUUGAGUCUUUAAUUGCCUGCCUUUCUGUGACCUGCCUUUAUUGAAUUACUUACUAGAUUUUAAUGACUACAUAUAUGUUAAACUGCUUUACAAACCAUGCAGUCCCUUCUGACCUGACAUCUGAAGAGUAAACUUGAAUUUAUAUGUUAGAUGUAUUCAUGCCAUUAUAAGCUGUAUUCUAGCUAUUAAAUAUGUAAAAUCUCAAUGGCUUUUUUGAGUAUGACAGCUAAGGCAUGUGCUUCAUGUAUUCUGAAGUUUUUAGACAAUAGUUGUCUGAGAUUAUUAAAGAUAGUGAACUACUUUGUGUUUCUUUUAAGAAGAGGAAUAGGAAACUAAGUUUUUAUAAUAAUGUUUGUGUCUUAAAAGAUAAUUUGUUUUACUGUCUUUUCUGAAGAUAACUUUUUUGUUUUUGAGAAACUUAAGUUUCAUGUCAGUGCUUCUGUGUUAAAGCCUUUUUUUAUUUAAAAGCUUUUUAUCUUGUAUCAUACUAUAGGUAUUUUUAAGUUUUAGGACAGUUUAUUUUCCCAGAUCAAAGAUUCGAAAACUAAAUGCUUUCAAUAGUAGGAACGGCAAUGCUUAAAUGGCUGAUGGCAAGAUAAGCAUUUGGAGUAGUGUUAUAUUAACAUAUUUGUACGUACUUGUUCAUUGUGGAAAUGUGUACUUAUUACAAUCAUAUGUGGCUAUAGAAACCCCUUGUAGUUCAGCAUAUACAGGUUUUAAUAUUUACUUAGCUUAUUACAUUAAAUUAGUAUUGCCUUUAGUUUAUUUUUUUUUUUUUUUUUUUUUUUUUUUUUGUCUUUUUCCUUUUUAUCGGUACCAGGGAUCGAACUCACGACUUCCUGCUUGCAAGGCAGGCGCUUAUGCCGCUGAGCUAAAUCCCCAGCCCAGCCUUUAGUUUAAAAUAAGGAUUAAAAUUACAUUUAAAGAGGUCAUUGAAUGUUAUUUUUUUAAACUGAACUUUUUGUUUCCAUGUAUAAAAACAUUAUAAAUCUGUUUUGGGAAAAUUUUAAUUUCGUAAUGUACAAAUAUAAGAAGUAAACUUUGAAAACUUAAACAGAUUAAUGCUUGAAUUUGUCUGUGAUUCACAGCCCUUCCAAACCAUUAUUCCGUUACUGAUCAUAUUAAAAUUCUAGCUACUUACUCUUGCUAAAAACUUUAAAAAAUAAUUACAUAAAUCAAUAAUUUUUUUUUCUUUUUCAUUUUUAUUGGUACUAGGGAUCAAACUCACGACCGCCUGCUUGCAAGGCAGGCGCUUAUGCCGCUGACCUAAAUCCCCAGCCCCAUGAAUCAAUAAUUUGAUUAAACAACUGGAUUGACAUUUUUAUUUAUUAAUUUACUUCUUUUUUUUUUGUCUUUUUGAGACAGGAUCUUACUAUGCAGUUCAGGCUGGCCUUGAGCUCACUUUGUAGUCCAGGCUGGUCUUGAACUUGCAAUGAUCCUCUUGUCUCAGCCUCUCAAAUGCCGGUGUUACAGGAGUGUGCCAUCAUGCCCAGUGUGGAUUGACAUUUUUAUUUAAAAAAGCAAAAGCCAAUUGAAAAUCUGCCUGUCUUCUUGCCAGGCAUGGUGGUGCAUGCCUGUAACUGUAGUGCCUAGAAGACUGACAGGACUUUGAGGCCAGUUUGGGCUAUAUAGUAACUUUUUUUUUUUUUUUUUGUCUUUUUCGUUUUUAUUGGUACCAGGGAUCCAACUCACGACUGCCUGCUUGCAAGGCAGGCGCUUAUGCUGCUGAGCUAAACCUCCAGCCCCUAUAAUAGUAACUUUUUUUUGUGUGUGUGUCUUUUUCAUUUUUAUCGGUACCGGGGAUCGAACUCAUGACCACCUGCUUGCAAGGCAGGUACUUAUGCCGCUGAGCUAAAUCCCCAGCCCCCUAUAUAGUAACUUUUUAAGACUAGCCUGAAUUACAAAAUGAGACCCUGUCUCAAAAAAACAAAAAAACAAAACUACCUGUCUUCUAAGAUAAAAAUCAAGAAUGUAUGGCUGAGGAAUGAGGAUCAUAAAUUCAAAGCCAGUCUGACCUACAUAGUUAACUUAAGACUGGCCUGGACUACGAUAAUAUAUGCGAAACCCUAUUUCAAAACAACAACAAAAAUUGGAAUUGGAAUAAUGAACAGUCUAUAUAAUAUUUUGAUUUUGUUAAUCAGGGCCUGCCCCAGCCUGAAAAAGCUGCUAGUAACCUGUCAUGGUUUAUAUUUAGACGUCCCCUUAAAAGCUCAUAGAUGUUGACAAAAAAAAAAAAAAAAAAAACUCAUAGAUGUGGUUUUUGUGAGGUGAUUGGACCAUGGAUAUUUGAUCCUGGGAUUAAAGGUGUGUGGUGCCGGAUCAGUCCACAAUUUAGUUUAGCAUAGCUCUGGAUAUAACUGAAUGGAUUUCCUAAAGACAAGCUCCACCCUGGGAGUGGGUGGCACUAACCAUAGGCUUGUAGCCUGAAUGGAAUGAAAGGGAAAAGGGAGCUUGCUGCUUGCUGCUUCCUGCCUCUCCUGCCAUGGCCUGUUUCUCUCCUGCCAUACCAUGCCGUGGAGCCAGCGGACUAGGGACUGAAACCUCUAUAAACUGUGAGCUGAAAUAAACCUGUCUUCCUUUAA